AUGAGUUCCCGUGCACGCAAGGCGCUUGAUGAUGAGCUCCAGAAGGUCGAGUUCGAGACCUCUGAAGAGGUCGAUGUUGUCCCAACCUUCGACUCCAUGGGCAUCAGAGAGGACCUCUUGAGAGGUAUCUACGCUUAUGGCUUUGAGAAACCUUCGGCCAUCCAGCAGAGAGCCAUCAAGCAGAUCAUCAAGGGCCGUGACGUCAUCGCUCAAGCCCAGUCCGGUACUGGUAAGACUGCCACUUUCUCGAUCUCCACUCUCCAGGUCCUCGACACUUCUGUCCGAGAGACCCAAGCUCUCAUCCUCUGCCCCACUCGAGAAUUGGCCCAGCAAGUCCAGAAAGUCAUCCUCGCCCUCGGUGAUUACAUGAAUGUCCAGGCGCACGUGUGCAUUGGUGGAACGAACGUAGGAGAGGAUAUCCGAAAGCUCGAUUUCGGUCAGCACGUCGUCGUUGGUACUCCUGGUCGUACUUUCGACAUGAUUCGUCGACGAAACUUGAGAACUCGAAACAUCAAGCUCUUGAUUCUUGAUGAAGCCGACGAGAUGUUGAACAGAGGGUUCAAAGAACAAAUCUACGAUGUCUACCGAUACCUUCCUCCAGCAACCCAGGUCGUCCUCGUCUCCGCCACCCUUCCCCACGAGAUCCUCGAGAUGACCCACAAAUUCAUGUCUGACCCGAUCCGAAUCCUCGUCAAGCGUGAUGAACUGACGCUCGAAGGUAUCAAGCAGUUUUUCGUCGCCGUUGAGCGCGAAGAAUGGAAGUUCGACACCCUCUGUGAUCUCUACGACACGCUCACCAUCACCCAGGCCGUCAUCUUCUGCUCCACAAAGAGAAAGGUCGACUGGCUCGCCGAAAAGAUGCGAGAGGCGAACUUCACAGUCUCGGCGAUGCACGGAGACAUGCCACAGAAGGAACGAAACGAGAUUAUGCGCGAGUUCCGAUCCGGUCAGACUCGAGUUCUCAUUUCCACCGACGUUUGGGCCCGUGGUCUCGACGUCCCACAGGUCUCGCUGAUCAUCAACUACGAUCUGCCGAACAAUCGUGAGUUGUACAUCCACAGAAUCGGCCGAUCCGGUCGAUAUGGACGAAAGGGUGUUGCCAUCAACUUUGUCAGAAACGACGAUAUUCGAAUUCUGCGAGAUAUUGAACAGUAUUACUCGACUCAGAUUGAUGAAAUGCCAAUGAACGUAGCGGACUUGAUCUAA